AUGCCGAGUAUAUAUUUCACGGUUGAAAUUACUUUUAUCAUACAGAAAAGUACACAAGUUGUCAUUAAAGAAGGUGUCCUUCUGGAUGUCGCCAGCCUUGACGUAUAUUCGAUCGAGAUUAAAGAUGAAGGUCGUCUCGUAUUCAACCAAGGUCACGAUAUCAAUAUAAAAACAAGAGGCAUCUUUGUAAAGAACUACGGACAACUUGUAAUUGGAAGUGACACUUGCAGGCACACAGACAAUGUUCAUAUCCAACUUGAAGGAACACGAACUAUUGACCGCAAGUCACUGGGACCAGAAGGGGAAAAGUUUAUAGCGGUGACGGAUAAUGGAAGCCUGCAGAUCCAUGGUGAGGAUAGGGUAGCAUGGACAAAGUUGUCUGGUACGGUCGAAAGGUUUAAUGCCAGUGCUGAAAAUGUUUAUUACAGACAUUUGGACACGAGCAAUGCAGAAUUGAAGACAGCUCAGGAUGGUUUUGGUGUUCAUAUUCUUGACGCCGACUUGGAAUUUCUCUCCUAUGACGUGUUUAACAUGCCGCUUACCGUUUCGAGGGUGAACAGAGGAAUGCUGAAAAUGGCAAAUAAAUUAAACGAAGUGGAAAUGGGACAGGUUGUUUCAAUUUCACUUCAAAAUAGAUGGUACAGGCCCGAGGGAGGAGACUACGCAGAUUUUUACAAGAUCAUUGAAGAGUUGGUUGGAAUGGAAGAAGGAGAACUAUUGCUGCGUAAACAGACAGAAUUUGACGCAUUUUCUUUGUUGUUUGUCGUUGGAGGGUCCUAUGACCAAUCGCUGGAUCAUCAAAUUGGAAAAAGAGAAGCAGAAGCGAAAUCAUCUCUGAUUUAUAAUAAUAAAAAGAUAACUGCUGUCUCGCAUGUCAGGCCAUAUAGAAAUCAGAAUUCAUAUGUGGAUUUAAGGGUUUUGAACCCCGACGUUGGAUUCCCGGAAAUAAUGGUCACCCAUGAUAUUAGAUCAUGGAGGGCUGGCGAUGAGAUAUUGUUCACUUCUACUGAUUAUGCCUUCGACCAUGGAGAAGUUAGAACAAUCAAAGAGAUUACUGGGGAGAAAUCGUUCACAAUAACACACGAACUUAACUACCGCCAUUUCGGUGAAAUUGAAAGUGGAGUUGACAUGCGUGGUGAAGUUGCGCUGUUGUCUCGAAACAUAAAGAUAUCAGGUGUAAUGCAGAGAGGAUGUCCUGAAGAAAACGAAAAUUGCGACAAUAAACCAAAACAUACUGACACUUACGGAGGACAUAUCAAAAUAUUUGACAGCUUUCAUUCAGUUGUUAUACAGGGAGCGGAAAUGUUCUUUAUGGGACAAACCAUUGAUGAAGGAUUCUAUCCCAUACAUUUCCACAUGUGUAAGAAUAUAACUGGCAAGACUGCAGUUGUUAAAAGAAAUUCUAUACAUCAUACAUACAGAAGAGCUAUCACCAUACAUGGUACUUUUGGCACUUCCGUAGAAGCACCCGGUGUUCAGCUCACGGAGAACGUAGCGUAUUGGACAUUGGGACACUCCUUUUUUCUUGAAGACGGAGCUGAAAGUGCUACUAUACUACGGAGAAAUCUUGGCGCGGAAACCAGAAAUGUGAACAACGACUUUGUGACAGAUAGAUCGAAGGCGACAACAUAUUGGAUUACAAACCCAAAGACUGUGAUGAUUGACAAUGUAGCAGCAGGGUCUGAGGGUUUUGGAAUGUGGUACACGUUCCCAUUAGAACCGGUUGGGAUGUCUAAAGGGUUGGCGUAUAAAUACGAGGAGGCAAAACAUACCGCUUUAUGGACAUUUGAUAACAAUGUGGUCCAUUCUAAUGAAAAGGGAGGAUUGAACUUUGACUUUAUAUUACAAGACGAUGACGGUCAUAUCGCAGCCUGUAUGAGAUAUGAGACUAGACAGGACCCAUUUGAUGAAAAUUCACCAGGUGUUAAAGUGCAGCUUAACCGACUUACAGCAUACAAAAAUUUGGACAUCAAUGUAUGGUUGCGAGGUGGCUGGUUUGAACUUUAUCAGUUAUCAUCUGCUGAGAGUAAGAAAGGUCUACAGCUAGCAAGGGGCAGUACACAGUCCAUGUAUGUGACUAAAAGCAUCUUCGUUGGCAGAUCGGAAGGAAACUCAGAAGACUCGAGUUACCCUGGUGGCAUUACCCCAACAGAACAAGGACAGAUCCUUGGCACCGUGUUCCACGACGGCCCUACCUACUUCAAGAGCUGUUGGUUUACGGGGUUCGACAAUGACGACACAUACAUUUCUGGAGCCAUAGGGUUUGCACCUAAACAAAAAUCGGAAAGCUCUGUAGUUAGUAGUGUCAGUGACAUGAGAUUUGGCUUUAUUGAUGGGGAAGGCGGGAAUAGAGUGUUUGACGGUCUGGUUGAUAAUAGCAUUCAGGGCAUUGGAGAAUUUAACGUUGACGAGUCUGCAACGUUCCAAGAUGCCGAUGGGUCUGUUACCCGAUGUCCGUUGGACUCGGAAUGGAAAGGACCAGUUCAACUCGUGAAACCGGGAGUGCAUGCUCUUACUGACAAAUGUGUGUACCGAGACAACUGGAAUAUGGCAGUUUGUAAUGAUCGUUAUGGAAAGGUUAGUGUUCAACCCAAAGGAUUUUUCCCAGGAACUACCCUGAACAAUUUUGAUCAAAGCGGACAGAUGAGACGCCGCAGCUUUGAUGAUGACACUGAAAUUUACGUUGAAGAUGCAACAAACCAGAAACAACCUGAAUAUAUGGUGAUGCUUGGCAGAGAUGAAUAUUAUUACGAGUUCCAGUACACAGAGGAGUUCCCUAGAAUAGUACGACUCUUAGGUUUUGGUGUUGAAAAAAACCGAUCUGUGGUUGUGGGAGCAUGUCUGCCAGAGGAUGUCACCAAAGAUGACUUUAAAGUUUUCAUUAAAACCCCAGAUGACAUCGAAUUUGGAGCUGAUCAAAUGAAAUAUGUGGAUACUAUGGAAGAAGUUGCGUCUGACACUUCAAUGCGAAAACUUUAUUUUAAAGAUAGAAUGGUGUACUUCCGCUUGAGUUCAAAGAAAGUCCGCAACGAGCACUGGGAUCGAUCUGAUAACGACCAUUGUCCAGGCGCAUUUUGCCCGAGAGUUGUUAUACAUACGUACAAGAAAAUGAAAUAUACUCCAUGUUUCACCACUACAGACGAACAGAUGAGUAACUCGAAGGUUAUGGAGUCUGUUGAAGACCUUGACUGUACACUUCCAGCGUCAGAACCAGAAUCGGACUGGGGAGCAAGGGACACGUUGGCCUCUGAGGAUGGAAGUUGGGGGCAGUGGAGCGGAUGGUCUGAAUGCUGCAACGAGGCUGGAGGGGAUGUGGUUGAGAGGACCCGGUACCGACUUUGUGACGACCCUGCGCCACGUGGUUCUGGAGCUGACUGCAGUGGUGAAAGUAUUCAGAAAGGACCAUGUCCAUAUGGUUGUGCAGUUGACGGUGAGCUGUCGGGAUGGUCAGGUUAUUCUGAUUGUUACUGCGAUGGGAACGCAGUAGGUUCAACUGGGGUAAGAAAGAAGAUCCAGGAAUGUGUGGGUGUUGCAAACGGUGGAAAGUACUGCAAGGGAGAUGUUGUCAGAUACGCCAUCUGCAGAAAUAAAUGUGGAACAAGGGGAGAUGAUGCAGUCGACGGUGUCCUUUCUCAGUGGAGCGAAUGGACGGAUUGUUUCUGCGAUGGCAUAGCCGAGGGAUCACGUGGGGCAAGUACAAGAACGCGCACGUGUGAAGGGACGGCAAAUUAUGGCGACUUCUGUGCCGGCACCUUUGAAUCUGUAAGACAUUGCGAUGCCGACUGCGUUCCUGAUCAGUAGACAUCAUUUAAAUAAUAAUUGUCAGUCUUCAAGUCAAAAAGGAUCAAUGACAUGUGUUUGAAUUAUUUAAAAACGUUUAAGUUUAUAUAUUUGGUUGAAAGGAGAUGUAUUGACAUUUCAAAGGAUUUUCAAUUAGUAGAAGCAUAAAACAGGUGCAUAUCAUCAUUUGCUCUUUCUUUGUCUAUUAUCAUAUAUGAUUAAUCAAUCAAAAACAAGUUUACAAGACAGUCAUCUUUAUUCGGCCAGAAUAUAUUUUUGCCUUAAAAAUCAAACGUAUAAAAAAUAUAUUCAUGUAUUAUAUCAAAAUUCCGUCUAACUAGUUUUUAUGAAGCUGUAUUCAUCAAAUGUCAUAUCUGGUAAUGACUUCAUAAAGAAAAUGAAAGAUGUCGUCAUAGUCCCCAAAAUGGCUGCGUUUUCAUUAUAUCGUGGAUACUAUUCAAAUACUGUUAAAAGAGCUGUAUCUUUUGCUUUUUUUCAUUACUUGUGCCAGUUAUAUUCGUUCACUAAGCUAUAACUAAACAGAAAUCUUACAAAUGAUUGAAUAUCCGCCUUUUCAAGAAAAAAUGAAGUAUAAACACUUAAAAAUACAGUCGUUUAAUCUUUGAAAGCCGUUUUUCACAUACAUCUGUUUGAACUUGUCAUAUCUAUGUAAAAGCAAAGGAAUCUGAUAUAGUUGUACUUGCAAUGGUUCUUUUUAUCACUCUGUGUGUACUGUGACGAUGUAAAUGACUUACUUGAUCUUCCUUUCCUGUUCAACAUACUUAUGAAGUAAAACUUGCAAAAUUCA